AUGCAUACCGAUAAUUUCCAUCUCUACUCCUACUUCUGCUCAUCAUGCUGUCAACGAAUCAUAAUAGCCGCUCACCUCAAAGGCAUCCCUCUUGAAUACACCUACAUCGACCUCGGCACGAAAGAACACACAACGGACGAAUACAAAGAAUCAAACCCCAGCGCCAGCGUACCGACCUUGGUUGUUACAAGCAUCACCGGUGAAAAGACCAUCACCCGCCAAUCGAUGACCAUCUUAGACUAUUUCGAGGAAAGAUUCCCAAAUAUAUCUCCACUUCUCCCUCCGGGAUUACACGACCGAGUACAGGUCCGCGAUCUGGUGAAUAUCAUCGCAAUCGAUACACAACCAACCACCAACUCCCGUAUCGUCCAACGAGUGAAGGCUAUCCGUGAUAGUCGCGAGGAUCAGGUUGAAUUCGCCAAACAGGCCUUUACGGAUGGGUUCAAAGCCUACGAGGGUCUGUUGGUGAAUCAGGCUAGAGAGGGGACUUAUUCAUUUGGAAAUAUUGUUUCUAUGGCGGAUGUGGUGCUGGUUCCUACAGUUGACCAGGCUGUGUUGUACCGAAUGGAUUUGGAUUUCGUGCCUAAUCUCAAGCGCGUUCAUUCUGCUCUCAAGGAAUUGGAGGCUUUCAAGGCUGCGGAUUGGCGGAAUCAGGGGGAUACGCCGGAGAAAUUUCGGAUUCAGGAUGCUUGA